CGCGCGCAGAACGACCCGGGCUCCGUCCCGGGCAUCAGAUCGGGGACGGCGGCGGAGCAUCUCCUUGGCAGGCAGAAGGUCCCGGCUUCAGUCCGUAGCACCUCCAAGGCAAAGGGCCCAGACCACGUGGAAGACGCGGAGAGCCGCUGCCAGUCAGAGCAGGCGAUACUGACCUGGAUGGACCUAUGGUCUGAUUCAAUAAUUUCUGACAUGUUGGCCGCAGAUGAAUUUCUGAGGUCGCCCCCGAGGAAAACAGUUCGAUUUGGUGGGACAUUGACAGAUAUUCUGUUAAAAUAUGAAAAGGGAGAGACAACUGAUUUCGAUUUGUUGAAGCAUCAGCUGUCAGAUCCAGACAUAAAAGAUGACCAGAUUAUUAAUUGGCUGCAUGAGUUCCGGUCUUCUGUUGCGCUGCUGACAAAGGAGUUUGAGCAGCUAGUCAGCAUCUUACUGAAAGUACCAUGGCUCCAAAGAAGCAAAGUUGUGGAGGAAGAAUACUUGGCUUUCUUGAGCAACUUGGUGUCAGCGCAGACCAUCUAUCUUCGGCCGUGCCUCGCUAUGAUCGUCUCACACUUCGUUCCCUCUCGAAUCACCGUUCAAGAGGGUGAUGUGGAAAUUUCAGAUUCAGACGACGACGACGAAAAUGUUACCAGAUCCUUUAACACGUGCCACAGAGCGUUGCAAACAGUUGCCAGAUACGUCCCUUUGACACCCCAAUUUCUUAUGCCAGUGCUAACAGAAAAGUUCCCCUUCGUUAAUAAAUCAGAAAGAACUCUGCAAUGCUAUGUACACAACGUGCUGCGAAUCAGUGGCUACAUCCCAGCGCUGAGGCAUGACAUUUUGGAACUGGUGACUGAAAGGUUGUUAAAGAUUGAUGUGAGUGCCCCGAGAAAAGAUAUUGAAGCUGCUGAAGAAGCUGAAAGUGAUGAAGCCUCCGAGAAAGGACUCUUUGACAUGGAUGAAGAUGAGGAAAGCAGAGAGAAGAAUGACCUGAUGGCUCACCCAAUUGCAGAACGCCUGGACAUACUGAUGAUUGUCUUAUUUUCCUAUAUUAAAGACAUCUGCCACAUAAAUGGCAAGUUUGAUAUUGGGAGGACAAAGGACUUGUAUCGAGAUCUGGUGGCAGUCUUUGAUAAGCUCAUUUUACCUACCCAUGGCUCAUGUCACGUCCAGUUCAUAAUGUUCUACAUCUCUAGCUUCAAACUGGGAAUUGCAGAAGCCUUUGUGGAACACCUUUGGAAGAAGCUACAGAAUCCAAACAAUGCGGCAGUGAUCAGGCAGGCUGCUGGGACCUACAUUGGCAGUUUUUUGGCUCGGGCGAAAUUUAUUCCAGUUGUUACAGUGAAAGCUUGCCUGGAGUUACUUGUCAACUGGCUUCACAAGUACAUUGACAACCAGGGCACUGGGUCCAAAGCGUUUUGUGACAUUGCUGUGCACGGGCCCUUCUACGCCACAUGCCAGGCUGUGUUCUACGUGGUUGUAUUUCGACACAAGCAGAUUUUGGACGGGAACCUGAAGAAAGGUUUGGCAUUCCUGCAGAGCUUAAAUUUUGAACGCAUCGUUAUGUGUCAGUUAAACCCCCUGAAGGUCUGCCUGCCCUCCGUCGUGAACUUCUUUGCUGCUGUUAACAGGAAGUACCAGAUUGCUUUCUGCGACACCAUCAUUGAGAGGAACCGGAGGCAGGUUUUGCCUGUUGUAAGGAGCAGCAAUGGGGGUGACUCUGUAGAGACCUGCACCAAUCCCCUGGACAGCUUCUUCCCUUUUGAUCCUUAUAUUCUCAAAAGAUCAAAGAAUAUAAUUAACCCUUUAUACCAAUUUUGGGAAGAGCAGAAUGCAGAGGAUCUCACAGACUCCGCUGACUCCGUCGCAGAGUGCAAAGGUGAAGAGGAAGAUGACUUCUUGAAAGGCGAAACUCCUCAAAAUGACGGUCUGAUUGGCAUAUCUCCGGGCUCUUUUGAUCCAGCUCUUCAAAGCCCGAACAGUUCAGUAGGUUCCCCCCAAGUAACUUCUCUGCAGCAGCAGCUCUGAUCUCCAGAAUCAAGGGGACAAAGUGGUUUUGAGGGCGAGAAAGUGUUUUAUGAAGAUCUCUUGGUCCAUUUCUUGACCUGCCGAUUUUCUUCAGUGCCAUUUUGGUAGCAAAAUGUAUGCAGGAGCGUGGGUAUUGUCCUACGAAGCACAAUGCAUCUGAACUCUGACCGAACUUAAGUUGUCUUCUACGCUGCAGCGAAGAAAUUGUGGGGAGCAGCACUUUGACAGCUUUUCCUGUGUUUUGUUCUUGUGUUUUGGAAUGCUUAUUCUGAUGCAUAAAUUAGACCCGGAUUAUGCUUUAGAGAACAUCAUGACUUGUCUCACGUGCCCCGCUGGGAUUUCAGGUCCCUCCCCACCUGCAGUGCAGUUUCAAAAGCAACAUUGCUUUUGCUUUCAGUUACAGCUGGCUACAUUCAACUCCUUGUGUGUAUCUCGAAGAGUUUUGGGAUUAUUGUCCCCCCUUAAUAGAAGUCUGAGCCCACAAUGAAUAUUGGAAAGCUAUAGAUCUGGUGUCAUUAUUGGUCUCAGCUGAGUCCAAAUGCCGAAUCCUAAAGUUUCUAGCAAUGGCAGAGUAAAUUAUAGUUUAUGCCAUGGCUGCUAAAGCCAAUCUGGAGUCUGGCAAGCGGAGAAGAGACGUCCAGAUUUUGCUGCAUUUGUUGAGAGUCCUGGGCUCAUAGAAGAGGACCUGGGGUGUGCUUGCUAUUUCAUUCUGAUCUGUUACUUCUCCAGAUAAUUCUGCCUCAAAAAAGUUAACUGAUUUUUAAGGGAAAUCAUUAAAGGUAGCUCUUCAGAAAAUACAAAUGCAAACUCCAGUUUUGAAUAUUGUUUUGUUCUUACCUGCUGUGAUUGGUUCCUUGUCCAAUUACUUUUUAUUGUAUUUUUUGUAUAUUUUGGGUUGAAAUUGGUUUUUUUUUUCCAGUGUGGUGUCUUUAAAAAAAAUGUAAAAUGGAGUAAAAACUAAAAGACA